AUGAACAAUCACGACUCUUUAUCUAAAACCACGGUUAAUAUUCGUAAGGGAACAUGGAAACUCAGAGAGAAUAUUAAGGCAAAUGCGUUGGUGGCGGUGAAAGAAUCCCUGGGCUUUAAAGAACUCGGACCCAGCUCGCACAAAAGCAGAGGAAUAGCAUGGAAAAGAGCAGGGGAGCUGUGCUCAAAACCACAAUUCAUCGUCGGUGGAGCUACACGGACAGAUAUCUGUCAAGGAGCUCUAGGUGACUGCUGGCUGCUAGCUGCCAUUGCUUCUCUGACCCUGAAUGAGGAAGUUCUGGCACGAGUGGUGCCUGCUGGACAGGGUUUUGGUGACAAUUAUGCUGGAAUCUUCCAUUUCCAGUUCUGGCAGUUUGGUGAGUGGGUGGAUGUUGUCAUUGAUGACCGGCUGCCGGUGAAAGAUGGCGAGCUGGUUUUUGUUCACUCUGCCGAGGGAAACGAGUUCUGGAGCGCCCUGCUGGAGAAGGCCUAUGCUAAGUUAGUGUUUGUGUGUGUUGUUUCUUGUUUUAUUCUAUGCAAUGGAGGCUCCACCAGUGAGGGUUUUGAAGAUUUCACUGGAGGCAUCGCUGAGAGCUACGAGCUGAGUAAAGCGCCGUCCAACAUGUUUCAGAUCAUCCAGAAAGCCUUGGAGGCUGGAGCUUUGCUGGGCUGCUCCAUCGACAUUACUAGUGCUGCUGAUUCAGAAGCCGUCACCCGCCAGAAGCUGGUGAAAGGCCACGCUUACUCUCUAACGGGGGUGACCGAGGUGAACUAUCGUGGCCGCAAGGAGAAGCUGGUUCGUAUGCGUAACCCUUGGGGGCAGGUGGAGUGGACCGGAGCCUGGAGUGAUAGUUCAUCCGAAUGGAACAGUAUUACUGCUUCAGAGCGGCCGAACGCCAACGCUGAGGAUGGAGAAUUCUGGAUGUCAUUCUCAGAGUUCCUUAGCCAUUACUCUCGUAUAGAGAUCUGCACUCUGACCCCGGACGCCAUCACCAGCGAUUCGAUUAAAUACUGGGCCGUGUCCAACCACGACGGCACAUGGAGGAAAGGCUCCACCGCUGGGGGUUGCAGAAACAACCCUUACACAUUCUGGAUGAAUCCUCAGUAUGUGAUUAAGCUGAAUGAUGAAGAUGACGAUCCGGAUGAUAAUGAGGUGGGCUGCAGUUUCGUGGUGGGUUUGAUCCAGAAGAACCGCCGCCGUCUGAGGAAAGCGGGAGAGGACAUGCAUACUAUCGGCUUUGCUAUUUAUGAGUUACCUUCGCAGUUUCACGGUCAGCGCGACGUACACCUCGAUAAGAACUUCUUCCUGACGCACGCACAGAAAGCUCGCUCUGAGACUUUCGUUAACCUGAGGGAGGUCUGCACGCGCUUCAAGCUGCCGCCAGGAGAGUACCUCGUUGUCCCGUCCACCUUCGAAGCCAACCAGGAUGGAGACUUUUGCCUGCGCGUCUUUUCCGAAAAACAGACCGAAACACUACCAUGUGAUGACCCUGUGGAUGCUGAAUUACCUGAUGAGUCUGUCUCAGACGACGAAGUUGAUUCUGGAUUCAGAGGCAUGUUCGUAAAACUUGCUGGAGCUGACAUGGAAAUCUCAGCCACAGAGCUCACAACUAUCUUAAACAAAAUCAUCGCGAAACGAACUGACAUAAAGACAGACGGCUUCAGUUUGGAGACGUGUCGUAUCAUGGUGAACCUCAUGGAUGACAGUGGGAAUGGAAAACUGGGUUUGGGAGAAUUCGCUACUCUGUGGAAGAAAAUUCAGCGAUACCUUGGAAUUUACAAGAAGAAUGACAUGGAUAAUUCAGGAACCAUAAGCACUCCAGAAAUGCGCUUGGCGCUGAAAGAAGCCGGUUUCACUCUUAAUAACACUAUAUUUCAGCUACUGGUAGCACGUUACGCCGAGACAGACAUGACUCUUGACUUCGAUAACUAUGUGGCCUGCCUCAUGCGUCUGGAGAUGAUGUUCCGGGUAUUCAAAAGGCUGGAUCCCCACCAAAGUGGCUUCAUUGAGCUGGACUUUCAACAGUGGCUGAACUUCACUAUGAUUUAGAUGACUCGUUGCCAGACCAAACCACUCAAGAGUGAAUUAUUAUGAUUACGUGUCAAAUUUUUUGAAAUAAGUAUUUACUUUUAUUUUUUAAAUUGUCUAUUGCACUUUUGAUCUGUCUUACUUACUAAAGUGUUGCAUGAUUUUAUUAGCCUACGUUUGACAUUGCCACACUAUUUUCGUUUACAAAUGCAAGCAUCCUUGAACAAGGAGAAACCACUGUGUAAUAAAAACGUGUGUGUGCACUAUUAUGUGUUUUCUCUUCAAAGGACAUUAUUAAACACUUUUGAAACUGUA